AGUAAGUGAAAUGGAAAGAGCGAUUAUUUUGGCGCGCUGCUGUCAAAAAAAUCACUAAGAAAACUGCACCACAGCAUUUCUCCAGUCGGUACAGGUCGUAUAUACCGCGUCGACGGUUAACAAGUAUAUGCUGCAAUACUUUAUUUAUGCUGAUAUUUGCAGCCGCAUAAUUGGCAUUCGCCGAGGGAACUCCCCUUCGGGACACAAAAUUAUCCACAUGGACUUCUGCUGACUGUGUUCGUAUGUACACGCCAUUAUUGUGCAACAAUGGAAUUGUUCAUAUUUCGGCGCCUUAUACAGCGUUAAUCGACAGUAAGCGGGAUUUUUCCUUCACGGAUACUUUACGAACAUGGUGUUCGAUGACAAGAUGCCGGCCGGGGAAUGGAGUCCCGAGAAUUACUCCGUAGCGGAACUGCGCAGUAGCUUCCAGCUGCCGCAGAUUGUCAAGAUCAACUGUAAUGAGCGGGUGGAAUCGGAUGCCGAUCUCGAUCUCUAUCAGCCAUUGUUGCUGUAUAAAGCCUACAAAAGUGUCAAAGUUCAAGCACGGCUGCUGUACCGGCAUCGUGUUGAACGCAAGGAUGUCUUUCAGACGUACGGGGAUAUGUCACUGGUCAUUCCAAAAGGAUACACAGGUUUGUUUGCCCUUUUGGAUGAAAAUGGCCGGUCAACUGCCAAGCGGUUCAUGAUGAUCAACGACCUGAUGAAAGCAUCCGGCCGUGUCUCCUCCUCGUUCCUCAUCCACAAUUGCGUCGUACAGGGAUUCCGUCGCAUCUCCGACCGCCACUACAAACGCACAAUCCUUACCUCCGGCACGGUCUUGCGCGCUGUCGGCAUCUUCACCGACCAGACGACCUUCAUCCGGCGGGGACCCGGCAGCAUGACCUCCCGGGCCACCCUCAAACAAUCCAUCAUUAAACUGUUUACCCGACGGCAGAAAUUCUACGAAUAUGGCAAUUCUUGCAGUUCUGAGGAGACCGUCGUAUCCACCGCCGAGGACUUCACACAAAGGUCAUACCUGAAAUGUGUGAACGCAUUCCACGAGGAAUUGUACAUUCCCUUAACGUCAGCCGGGACGUUCUACCUGAUCAGCGACCCGGAACGACCGAAAGACUAUAAUAACGACUGUAUUCAUCUCAUGUCGACACUGAUUGCCGGGUACCGGUUUCCGUGUCGCGUCAAGCUAGUCUGUGGAUAUCUACCGGAAAUGCACGAGCACUUUAGCGGGUUCCUGCAACUGGAAUCCAUCCAGACGUGUGACGUCAUCCUGGCCUGUACCAUGCAGCAGCCGCCCUAUCAGCUCUUCGAAGUGGACUUUAAUUCGGAGUUCGAGCUGAAGGUGGCGCCAGUGGCGCAUGCGCUAUACCUUGACAGUCGCUUCCGGUCAGCGCUGGCCUUUGCCAAAGUGCAGAGUGAUUCCUGGCGUCGGCAGAUUAAGAUCGCCCACCAGGUCACCGUGGAUGCCGAGGAAGAAGAGCACAUCUACCAGGAGAUUCCCGGGUCCAGCUGUUUCGAAGAACCGGUGUCGCGACUCUCACCGGGCGGCAGUACGGGGUCCCGGUCACGGUCACGCUCGUCCAAAGAAGACACUGAAGUCGAGGAUCCGGCAGUGCCGUCUGCCGAUACCGAUACGCUAUUGUAUCGGCUGUCUGUACUGUCACAUCCCACAAGAAUUUCCUUUGCAUAAGCAAAGAAGGGUUUAGAAGCUGUAAAAAUAGACCAUUAAUAUUAAUGGCUCAUAUUAUCUGAAUUUACUAAGUGGUUUCCGUAAACAUUUGCUGAAUUGAUUCUACCAUGCAGUUUUGCACAUUGAAUCGAAAUGUUACAACCACAAAUGUGUAAAUAAAAAAAAAUUUAAUGCGUAAAA